UGUACGAAGCUGCCGGCAGACUUAAAUGUUCGGGACGCAACGCAAAUCCUGGAAAGAGCCGCUAUAGCAAACCCCGGUAGCAGCAUUCAGCCGUUUGGCAAUUGGGUAGCUCAGACAUUCCAUUGGUGUGACACAACACACAGCAAACUUCACUUUUUUUUCUGCUUAUCUGGGUCCAGCUAUUGUGUUGCUCACACAUUGCCGUGUCGCCUGGACCUCCCAUUUAACUUUGACUCUCAUUAGCAACAUUGCCGCGGUGGUGGGGAGCUCUGAGCCGACCGCGUCUGAAACGCGCAAUUUCCAAAUACUGUAACUACAGUUACUGCGGCUGCACAUGGGCAGGCGUACUGUGGCUGGUCCCUAUCUUUGGUUGUUAUUCUACUCACAUGCGAGCGGCUCCCUUGUGCCAGAGGGCUCCCAGAGGAAGGCGCUGCAGAAGGAGUGAAGUGGGCUGAGCUGGGCCUGCGGUGACGCUGUGUUCCUCUGUGCGCGAGAGGAACAAUUUGCCUGUCAUAUCAGAAAACAUAACAUUGAUAUGCAAACUCUACACUCAGCAGCCGUUUACUCAGGAAAUUCUUCCAUCUCAGAAGAUAGGUUUUCCUUGCCUGGGUUUCACAGCUGGAACAGUUUUAUUGCUUGUUAGCAGCACAUGUGCUGCAAGCAUGCAGGGUCUGCAGGCUGUUUAAAGUCGCUGCUUGGUCUGAAAGGUGAUUUCCAACAAGGCAGUCUUUCCCUAGAUGGUCUGUGACAUGAAGGUGAGUGAGGAGACCCAGAGGACUAUAUCUGCCCUGCAUGUCGCCAUGACCUCUGAAGACGCUGGUGUCUCUGUGCUCGGUGCCUUGGGUCAAGUGAGAAUGGCAUCUGCCUUGUCAGCUGGGACCACAAAUAACUUGAGCACGGCAGACAGGAGUUUCUUUCAGAACCACACAGGCGACUUGGCUGGAGGUCUCCCUUACUGCAGCUCGGCAGUGGCCGGCGCCCCCUCCCUGUGCCCUGAGCCCAUGGCCACUGUUCCGCCACACCCUGCCAGGGCAGAGGCAGCCCGCGACCGCAGCGCACGCAAGUUUUUGGACACAGAAUCUGUGGCGUCGGAUUCCGCCGGACACGUUGACAGGCUGGACCACUGCAGCUGCACGCAGAGGGAUAGCACAAGCAGAUUCGAUUGCAACCAGCUGUGUCAGACAUGUGAUCCCGAGGAAGCUCGCAGAGCUUGCCAGGAGCUGGCCUCUCCUAGCGAAGAGUCCAGCAGCUUGCCUCAGCAAAACGAGCUGCAGUUGGAAGUGAAGGGCUUCUCUUUUGAUGCUUCUUUGUUCGCGGGGGGUUUCCCAGAGGUGAGCUGCUUAGUAGGAAACACUUGCCACCUGGAUUCAGGUGUCAGGCAUGAAGUUGUGUCCUGUCAGUUCGGGACAAGAGGAACCAGCCCACCGCGGUUCUCGGACUGGGCUCCGGGCAUGAGGAGCGCCUGUGGAGGUAGCCCACCAUGGGUGGUGAAGCCCUGCCUGAACGUGACGUGUGACCUCUGGGUUGAGGAUAGGCACUCUAGCUUGGAAAGGCGCCACAGGAAGAACAAACCCAAGUGCCCCGCUGACGGCCCCUGUGGCAGCCCACCUCCGGUGGGAACGGGCCUGAAGCAGACCGGCAGCCCCCAGAGCAAUGGGCACGAUGGCGCAGCAGAGUGGCCAGCGGGCGAGUUCGUCCGCAACAAGAAGGAACGCUCCACUCUUCUAGUCAGGAGGUAUUACAAAAACAACAAGGAGGUGAAGAAAUCAGUGUAUACUGGCACGAGAGCCAUCGUCAGGACUUUGCCCUCAGGACACAUAGGAGAAAAAGUAUGGGCGGCGGUUUCCAGAAAGAGGUAUCAUGUAUGUAAAACACUGAGCAGGUCUUGGACUGAACGCACUGCUGAGCUGGAGGUGUUCAAUUCUCGGCCUCACAGGAUCCUCUACUGCCUGCUUUGGGCCAACAGCGGUGAGAUCCACGAUGCGCUGAGGGGUGGAGAGGGGGAAGGGGGCUGCGGAAACCUGCUCCAUCCUUCCAGAAAGCUCCUGGCCUCAGCAGUUGCCGGCUGCCGCGCUGGAGGUUGCUACGAAAUCCAGCCAUGUGCCUGUAGCGUGCUGCCUAACUACCGCGCCACUCUGCAAAGAACAGCCGUCUCCGGACACAUUACCGGGGCCCUGCUGGAGGCCACGACUUCCGUAGGAGCACGCAGUGGACUGCCAGGCGUCAUCACCGGCUCCACCGGCAGAACCAUGCUGAAAGAACGCCAGGUGUGUGGGACCAUGGCGGGGUCGAGCACUUUGCCUUCGAACAUGACGGGAAUCAGUAAAGAGCUGGCUGACCUGCGGCACCUCAUCCAGUUCCCCGAGGAGAUCGCCAGCAUUCUGACAGAGCAGGAGCAGCAGCUGUAUCGCAGAGUCUUUCCCCUCGAUUACCUCUGCUUCCUGACCAGAGACUUGGGCAGCCCCGAAUGCCAGAAACGCCACCCCCACCUCAAAGCCUCCCUCUCUGCCCCGGCCAUGUCCACGAAGAGUGGGGAUCGCAACACCGUGGAGGACCUUGUCACGCGCUUCAACGAGGUGAGUUCAUGGGUAACCUGGCUGAUCCUGACUGCAGGUUCCAUGGAGGAGAAACGGGAGGUCUUCUCCUAUCUCGUCCACGUGGCCAAGUGCUGCUGGAACAUGGGCAAUUACAAUGCGGUGAUGGAAUUCCUGGCAGGCCUGAGGUCUCGGAAGGUGCUGAAGAUGUGGCAGUUCAUGGACCAGUCCGACAUCGAGACCAUGCGAAGUCUGAAGGACGCCAUGGCACAGCACGAGUCCUCCUCCGAGUACAGGAAGGUCGUCACCCGAGCCCUCAACAUUCCUGGCUGCAAAGUAGUGCCCUUCUGCGGCGUCUUUCUGAAGGAGCUCUGCGAUGCUCUGGACGGAGCCUCCAGCCUCAUCCACUUCCGCCCUCGCUUCAGCUCGCAAGAGGAGUCCAUUGAGUUUGUCGCAGAUUACAACGGGCAGGACCACUUCCUGCUGCGGGCCGGGAAGGAGGGCCUGAACAACUCGGAAAAAGAGGCCACCGUCAGCAACAUCUUGCAAACCAUUCGCUCCUGCAACCGUAGCCUGGAGUCCGAGGAGAGCGAAGAUGGCAUCACCGAGGGCACGGCCUCACGGCAGAACUCCUUCAAGGACCGGAACAAAUACCACUCAGCCCCUGUCAGGAAAACGUCUGAUUCGAACCGUGUCUUAUUCAUCGUGGGAGACCUGUCAGACUCCGAGGGAGACCUGUUGGAGUCCCCCAGGGAUGUGGAUACGCAGGGAGCUGAAGAGCAGCAGAGGGCCUUCGGCCAUGGCACGGAGCUCAUCCCCUGGUACGUCCUAUCCAUCAGGGCUGAUGUUCAUCAGUUUCUGCUCCAAGGGGCCACCGUUAUUCAUUACGACCAGGAAGCCCACCUCUCUGCCCGCUGCUUCUUGAAACUGCAGCCUGACAACUGUUUCUUAACCUGGUCAAAGCCCCAGAGCUGCUGCCCGUCGAAUGGCAAAACCACUGAGUUUUCUUACUGCAGACCUCAGUAUUUUGGACAGAUAGUGCUGAACGGACUAGCCGACGGGUUCCUGGACUUGUCAAUGGCCAAGGCUGUUUUCAUGGGCCACCCUGGAAUCGACACCCACGCUGUCUGUGUGCAGAACAAGCUGUGUGGCAUGACCCUGGAAGAGAAUGGAGUGACCCUGCUGUACGGACUUCACACUACUGAUAACAAGCUCUUGCACUUUGUGGCCCCGAAAUAUACUGCCAGGAUGCUGUACGACGGACUGCAGGCGCUGGUCAGUGCAGUGAGGAAAAUGAAGAAGUUUCCGGACCAGCGACUGCAGUGGCUGAGGAAGCAGUAUAUCAGCCUCUAUCAGGAAGAUGGCAAGUACGAGGGUCCCACCCUGGCCCAGGCCAUAGAGCUGUUUGGAGGCCGACGGUGGAACGUGGGAAGCACGAGCACUGGCACCCUGAGCAGGACCACCGAGAAGCCCAGCACCCAGAAAAACAGCGCGCUGGCCAUCAAUACCACCAAGAAGAAGAAAAAAUCCUUGAUGAGGGGGGACAGUGGGGAUGCCACUGAUGAUGAAAUGGCAUCUCGUAAAACAAGGAGCUGUAAGGAAUCACGCGGCAGGAGUGGCUCUGACCCACCAGACACUGGAGAGCCAGACGAACCAGAGGAGAGCGGUGCCCUGGGAAUCUCCGGACCCCAGGCUCUGUCUUCCAAUAAAACUCUCUUCCUCUGUGCUGCCAGCCCCCCCGGCACAGUGACCUCCCCCCCUGCCCGGCCGCACUCCUCUCCCGUGUUAUCCUCUGCCAGUAAGGGCCAGACAGGCACCUGGAGCAGUCGCAGCUGGCAUGGCCCUGCCAAGGGCAGCUUGAAGGGCUUCCAGAACUUCAUGAUCUCAGACAGUAUCAUGAGCUUCACAGAAUUUGUGGAGCUUUUUAAGUCUUUCAGCAUUCGAAGUCGGAAGGACCUGAAGGAGCUUUUUGAUAUCUACGCUGUGCCAUGUAGUCGCUCAAGCACUGAUACAGCUCCGCUGUAUACCAGCCUGAAAAUUGAUGACAACAUCACUGGCCUACAACCAGACCUUGACUUAUUGACCCGGAAUGGGUCUGAUCUCGGCCUCUUCAUACGAACCAGGCAGCAGAUGUCUGAUAACCAGAAGCAGAUUUCGGACGCCAUUGCAGCAGCCAGUAUUGUCACCAAUGGCACAGGUGUGGAGAGCGCCUCUCUGGGUGUGCUUGGAAUGGCCAUCUUGCAGCUCAACGACUUCCUGGUAAACUGUCAGGGAGAGCAUCACACCUACGAUGAAAUCCUCAGCAUCAUUCAGAAAUUUGAACCCUCUGCGAGUAUGCGCCAAAUGGGCUGGAUGUCAUUUGAGGGGUUUGCAAGGUUUUUGAUGGACAAAGAUAACUUUGCUUCUAAAAAUGAGGAGUCCCAAGUGAACACGGAGGACCUCCAGUAUCCACUGUCCUAUUAUUACAUCGAGUCUUCACACAACACCUACCUCACGGGCCACCAGCUGAAAGGGGAGUCCUCAGUGGAGCUCUACAGUCAGGUGCUCUUACAAGGCUGCAGGAGUGUGGAGCUGGAUUGCUGGGAUGGGGAUGAUGGCAUGCCUAUUAUCUAUCACGGCCACACUCUCACUACCAAAAUCCCCUUCAAGGAUGUUGUGGAAGCUAUAAAUCGCACUGCUUUUGUGAACUCGGAGAUGCCUGUUAUCCUGUCAAUAGAAAAUCACUGUUCCUUGCCUCAGCAACGCAAAAUGGCAGAAAUCUUUAAGAGUGUUUUCGGAGACAAACUGGUGACAAAGUUCCUGUUUGAAAGCGAUUUCUCUGAUGACCCACUGCUGCCUUCUCCUUUGCAACUGAAAGGAAGGAUUCUUCUAAAAAACAAAAAGCUUAAAGCACAUCAAGCGCCAGUGGAUAUCCUUAAGCAAAAGGCUCAUCAGCUGGCGCACAUGCAGGCACAGGCAAGCACCGGCACGCCCCAGGGCAACACCCCCAGCAACAACGAAGAUGAGGAGGAGGAGGAAGAUGAGUAUGACUACGACUACGAAUCUCUGUCCGAUGCUGAUGUCCUUACUGCUUCUCCUGCUUCUAAUGGCCAGGAAGAUAACAUACUUGACGAUCGACCUGAGGGGAAGUCAUUAAGUGAUAAAUUUCAGUUUGAAUACAGUGAUGAAACUCCAAAGAGAAUUAAAAAGGCAGACAGUACAAUGCAAAGCAAAGGAAAGGUUUUUGAUAUGGAGCUAGGCGAAGAGUUUUAUCUUCCACAGAACAAGAAGGAGAGCAGACAAAUUGCACAGGAACUUUCGGAUUUGAUUAUAUACUGCCAGGCGGUCAAAUUCCCAGGCCUUUCAACUCUAGAUCCAUCGACAUCUGGCAGAGGAAAAGAGAGAAAGUCUAAGAAGUCCAUCUUUGGAACUAAUCCUGGUAAAACCAGCCCAGGGGAGUCUAUGACAUUGGUCAGAGCAUCUGGAAAAGGUACUUUUGAUGGGUCGCGACUCAGCUGGGAGGAGUCCCCUGGGCCCCUGGUGAAUCCCAACACCUCUCUGAGCGCCAUCAUUCGGACGCCAAAGUGCUACCACAUCUCCUCGGUGAACGAGAACGCGGCCAAGCGCCUCUGCCGGAGGUAUUCGCAGAAGCUGAUUCAGCACACCACCUGCCAGCUCCUGAGGACGUACCCUGCUGCCACCCGCAUCGACUCUGCCAACCCCAACCCCCUGAUAUUCUGGCUGCAUGGCAUCCAGCUCGUGGCCCUCAAUUACCAGACAGACGACCUCCCCAUGCACUUGAACGCUGCGAUGUUUGAGGCCAACGGGGGCUGUGGUUAUGUGCUGAAGCCGCCCGUGCUGUGGGACAGGAACUGCCCCAUGUACCAGAACUUUUACCCUCUGGAAAGAGACGUGGAAAGCAUGGGCCCCACUGUGUAUUCCCUCACAAUCAUUUCAGGCCAGAACGUCUGUCCUGGCAACACAGCAGGAAGCCCGUGCGUUGAAAUUGACGUCCUGGGCAUGCCCAUAGACAGCUGCCACUUCCGCACCAAGCCCAUCCACCGGAACACCCUGAACCCCAUGUGGAACGAGCAGCUCCUCUUCCACCUCUACUUCGAGGACAUGGUGUUCGUCCGCUUCACCGUGGUGGAGAACAACAGCUCGCAGGUCACGGCCCAGAGGAUAGUGCCCCUGAAGGCCCUGGAGCAAGGGUACAGACAUUUACAGCUGAGGAAUCUGCACAAUGAACCACUGGAAGUUUCCAGCCUCUUUAUAUACAGUCGGAGAACGGAGGAGAACCCCAGUGGCAAUAUUGUACCUGCAUCAACACUAUUCAGCACGGAGGAGCGUCGAGCAGCUGUCCAGUUCAAAGUGACUGUCCAUGGGGUCCCGGGCCCAGAGCCCUUCACUGUACUGUCAGUGAGUGAAAAGACCAGCGCCAGACAGCUCCUCCACAGGGCACUUGCCUCGACUCAGGGCUCCACGUCAGACUACUUCCUAUCGGAGGAGAAGGUGCCCUUGUCGAAGGAGAGGAGUGAAGCCCGGAAACAGACGCUUCAGCGAGCCAUUGGACCUGAGGAGGAGAUUCUCAAAGUGCUGCGCAGCUGGUUCCCAGAGGAGGGUUAUGUGGGAAGAAUCUGCCUGAAAACCAAGGAAGACAGUCCGAAUGAGGGCACCCCCCCAAUGGAGGGUGUGGAGGAAGCGAGCAGCGGCACAGACGAGGACACUUUCUUCGUCCAGGUGCACGACGUCUCUCCUGAGCAGCCCCGCACUGUCAUCAAAGCGCCCCGUCUCAGCACUGCCCAGGACGUCAUCCAGCAGACACUCUGCAAGGCUAAGUACUCCUGCAGUAUCCUCAGCAAUCCCAACCCUGGUGAUUAUGUGCUCAUGGAAGAAGUCUUCAAGGAACCUACAAACAAAAAAGCCUCAACUUCCAAGCCUUUACAGCGCAUCCUGUUUGAUCAGGAGUGCGUUUACCAGGCCCAGAGCAAGUGGAAAGGGGCGGGGAAGUUCAUCCUCAAGCUCAAAGAACAGGUGCAGACUGCUCGCGAUGACAAGCGGAAAGGGAUUUCCUUUGCCAAUGAGUUGAAGAAAUUAACCAAGUCUGGGAAGCCCAGUAAAAGUGCGUUGGGAACGGCUCAGGCUGUAACCCCCGAAAGUGUGCAGAGAAGCUUUUCCGAAGGACUCAAAGCUCUGGUUGUGGACAGCAGAUCACAGGCAGAAAGACUCCAAGCCAGUGGCACAGAGAGGCUGACCCUGCAGGGCCAAACUCCCUCUUCUCCUACCUGGGCUUUCCCUCUACUCAGAAACUGGAAGUUGCACAAAUGAGUCCGGUACCAAGCAGGUACAUGUGGAAAUUCAAGAGAGGAAGGUGUUGGUGGAGCCCCUCUCCCUCGCUACACACACAAAUAUCUUGGGCUUGAUUGUCUGGCAGGUAACUUUCGUGAGCUGAACGUCUGCUACACAAAGCUCAGGCCUCCUGGUUUUCUUAGGACCGUUCACUCUGAAGGUGAGGUGAAGACUUUUGAAGUGGUGGUGAACAAUGUGUCAGUUAUCGUUGGGCGAGAGGCCAUCCAGGUGGUCACUACAAUAUUUUAAGUAAAUCCAGCUGUUCAUUCCCCCCCCGGGGAAGGGGAGAAGUAUUUAAGUCAACAGCAGUCUGCUAAGUAUUGAUAAAAAAUACUUCAUGGUUAUAUAUGGAUAUAUAUCUAUAUUAAUUCGCAGAAACGUUUAUGUGUUGAAGUAAAAGGUAAAAGUUUUUUUUCAGGGCAGACAUGCUGGUGUAUUUGUGAAGUGGGAGAGGUCUGCUCUUCGUCCCACUGAAGAGGUGACUAACAAGCUGGCUUGUUAGGAUCACUUCCAAUGAACUUCUUUUAUCAAGUACUGUAAUAUACAUGUAUUACAUGUGUUUUAGAGAUAGCUUGUGGUUUGUGAACCAGUUCAAUUAUAUUUUGCACUUUUUUCUUCUUUUCAAGGUAAUUUGUGAUGAAAUAAUGCUGUGGUACUGCAUUACCCAACUGCAUCAUCCGUUGUUGCCUAAAUGUUGUAAAUGAUGAUGUAGAUACAAAUUCUGCUGUGUAACUAACACAAUCUGAAUUGUUCUCUUUGUGGUGACUUCAUUUAAAACUCUUUCUUUUGUUUAGAUUCAGAGUGACAGAAUAUGUUCAAUAAAUAGUAACUGAUCUUUUAAGAGCUUCAGUAACAAUCAUGAAGAGGCUAUUUUUGUUAUCCUAAUUUUGCUAGCUAGCUUCUUGAUUUAAAAAUCCUAAAUUCUUUAUUGAAGGAUCCAAUAUUUCCUAGUUAUCACCAGAUAAGUUCUGUUGUUUUUAAUGUUUUUUCUGAAGUUUUUAAGAUUUUUUUAGAUGGCCAUUUGGAUAUGAAUUGCUACAGUAAACAAAGAAUGUGUGUCUUAAUACAUUUAAAAAUUGUAUGAAGAACAAAAUGUAUGAUGUACGAAAAUGUCAAUAUGUACAUGUCAUGUUAAAUAUUGUAUUUGUGUGGAAAUCUGUGAAUGUAUUCUAUGAUUAUUAUGUGAAUUAUUUAUACCAUUUUAAAACCUUUUAUUUUUUUAUUGGUGGUAUCUUACUCAGAUCCUAGCCAAACACAAAAAAAUCUAUUGAUAAUUUUAUUAUUGUAGCUGCUUGUAGUAGGGCUCAAGUAUUGAACAGAAAAAGUGCACUAGUCCUGGGCUGGUUUUUGUCAUGAGAUUAUUUUCUUUGACCUUAUCAUGCAAAGUGAAAUAUUUAAUCUUUUAAUAGGUUUAAGUUUUUGUCUGUCAGAGAAGUUUUGCUUUUACACAACCACCAUUCUGCUGUUGGUUUAUUUGGUUAUAUAACUGACAACAUAGGAUAGAAACUUAGAUUAAUGUUCUCACAAGGGCAUUGUUACACUCUUUUGCAAUAACCUUCAUUGUGGAAGAUAAAAUAUUUUGUUUGUUACUCUUUAAUGGACCAUAAUACAGUCCAAAAUAUAUUUUAAAGUUUGUUUAAGGGUUUUCCAAAUGUCUUGUUUAACUUGAAGUGAGAUUAUUUUUUAAUAAGUACAGUAAGUACAGUACCCUUAACAGGUCAUUACCUUUAGAUAUUUGUACUAUUAUAGAAGCCAACUAAGAAUUGUGUCACAAAAGAUGCACCAUUACAUACUCAUAAGCCUUAAGUGGUAGAUUGUACAAGCAUCUUCCAUAAAACUACAGAACUUUGACCUCAGCAACAACCCAAUGUUUUUACCUUUCAGCCUAAUCACAAGUUCAGUGUUUUGUGUAUUUAAAUAUAGAUUUAACUUAUUUCAUGUUACAGCCCUGGUUGGCUGUAUAUAUAUUGUGAGCUGUGUACAUAGCAUAAGUACUUAUUUUUUAAAAGUUGGGUUUUGGUGUUACUAUAGAAAUGAACCUUAUUUAAAAGAACUGACUAAUUUAUUUGGCACAAAAAUCUUUACACUUUUCUUUUCUUCAGAUGUUAUUGACAAUUAAGUGCAUUUACGUAAAGCUGAACGCUACUAGAUUGUGGAAGAUUGUCUUUCAGUCAAAUGAGUGUGUAAUCCAUAAGGUGAUGUUUUGCAUACUCACCAUCAUACAUUUCUUUAACAUCUUUAAGUGUAAACUUGUAUUUCUGAACUAUAUUAACUAAUGCCUACAUUAUUUAAACAUUUGUCUGCAGUAUGAGCACUAUAGUGUUACAUAACAUUUUUAGUUAUCUUUUAGAGUCUUCAGCGAGUUUUUCUUUUGAUGCCUUUUAAUCAUGUCUUUUACUUUUUACAAAGGCAAACAUCUAAACUUCCUAAAACAUUCUUGUUAGUAAAAUAUAACACAAGAACAAUCUUUUGACAAAUUGCAAGAAACUUUUUAGUUUUUGUUAAUCCUAUAAAAAUUGAUAAAAAGCAUUUUGUUUGUAAUUUGGUACAACUACAGAAAUUGUUACAUUUUUUUCUUCACCUGACCAUACCAGUCUUCAUGUACCACAAACAUGUUGCAUAGUGUAUGUAAGUGAAAAUUGUUUUAGACACUGCUAUAUCUCUGCCAAAUUGAAAAGUGCAUACGUGUAUUAGAAUAAGUAAUAAAAGACUUCAUGAUCUCCCUU